GGUCUGGCUGAGAGUCACUUCCUGCACACACAAGGCAGGCUCCAGCCACCACCCCUCCACCAGCCAACUAUCCACUAACAGCCGGGCAGCGGCCGAUAAACAGGAGGGAGCAGCCCUCAGCCUCACUUCCUGCACUUCCUGAGGUGACAUGGAGAGGGGAGAGAGAAGCGAGUGAAGGGGAAGAGGCAGGAAGCUGAGCGGCUGCAUGUGCCCAUAGGUUGGUAGAUGGACACAGAGGGACCGCUGGCUGCUUUGCUAGCCGGUUUUGAGGAUGGAGGAUUUUUCCCCAGCUCGUCUCUGGCAUGUCAUGAGCUGGCUUAGCUGACCACUGGCAAGCAUUCAGAUUUUUGGACCCCUUUCCCAUGUUCCAGAACUUCCAACUGAUGCUGCUGCUGCUCUUGUAAAGACCUUCACGGAUCCCUCAUGAAGAACAAAGCUGCAAAGCAGAAGAGCAAAGGCAAAGGCAGUGGCAGUGCUUUUGGCUGCGACCUGACUGAGCACCUCCAGAGCUCCGGGCAUGAGGUCCCACAAGUGCUGAAAAGCUGUGCUGAGUUCAUCGAGGAGCAUGGCAUUGUGGACGGCAUAUACAGGCUAUCAGGCAUUACCUCUAAUAUCCAGAGGCUACGGCAGGAGUUUGGCUCGGAGGCAUGUCCAGACCUAACGAGGGAGGUCUACCUUCAGGAUAUCCACUGUGUGGGGUCUCUGUGCAAACUGUACUUUAGAGAACUGCCCAACCCCCUGCUGACCUAUGAGCUCUACAAGAAGUUCACAGACGCUGUAUCUGUUAAAGAGGAGCAGGAGCAACUGCAUCGGAUUCAAGAUGUCAUCAAAGAACUCCCUGCUCCUCAUUAUCGGACCCUGAAAUACCUGAUUAGGCAUUUGAGACACCUGGCUUCACUCAGCUCCCAAACAAACAUGCAUGCAAGGAACCUGGCACUUGUGUGGGCACCCAACCUGCUCAGAUCCAAAGAGAUUGAGAUUUCUACUUGCAAUGGGGAUGCUGCCUUCUUGGAGGUGCGGAUUCAACAGACUGUAGUGGAGUUCAUCUUGAACCACAUGGAGCACAUCUUCAACAACAACACAGAUCAUCCACCUGCAGAGAAAGAAGACAAUAACAGUACAAGGAAGUGUUUGACGCUCCCUGCUAGCGUGCCAUCUCAACCAAUGAAGCUAGUGAGCCUAGAAGAGGCACAAGCCCGUUCUCUUAGUCCGAAUCACCCUGCCCGACGGGAGAAACGUGAAAACAGCUUGCCAGACACUGAGGCUUGCAAUGCUGCCCUGUACCACACUGUCGUUGACCUCCCAGAUAACAAGAGGAAGUUCUCAGGAAAGUCCAAGAGGUGGAAGUCCAUCUUCAACCUUGUUCGGUCAGGAUCUGAAUCGAAAUCAAAGCUGAACCGCAAUGGCAGUGUGUUUGUACGUGGACAGAAGCUAUCAGAAAAAGCCUCCAUCCGCCCAGCAAAAAGCAUGGAUUCACUCUGCUCUCUCCCAACAGAAGAAGACGACAAGGACAGGGAGUUCAAACGCUCAGCAGCAACAGGAGGCUUUUUCAUGCCAGCCUUUAAAUCCCGAACGCUUGGCUCUGGAAGUGCUUAUGAUCUCAGCCAACGAGAUCCCAACUGGGAAAGUGAGUGUUCUGCACCCACGGAAGACUCACCCAGAAGCAAAGAGAAGCUAGAGGCCAAGGGAUCAGCUCCACACCGUUCCUUGCCAGAGCAGUUAAAAGUCUUCAAGGGGGACGAGGCGAGUCACUGUGAACCCACCUCUCCCAAGAGUCGGCGAAUGUUCUACUCCAUCAGUGCCAGUGAUGGCUCCUCCAAACCUGCAUUUCCCGGCAGCCUGUUCCCUUUGGAGGCUUCACCACGACAUCAGCGCAAAGCCCUGAAUAUUUCCGAACCCUUUGCAGUCUCUGUACCUUUGAGAGUGUCGGCUGUAAUCAGUGUGAACAGCACACCUUGCAGGAUGUCCAGUAAAGAUAAACAGGGCCUACCCAUCAUGGAAGAGUUGCCCACUUCUGUUCCAUGCAAAGAGGUUGAAGAAAACAGUCUUUCUGAAAAUAGUACUACCAGCAGCAUCGGAGGAGGUGCCAUGAUGGUUCUGAACAAAGAAGACAAACAUUCACUUGUGGGCACCACAGAUGAGCACUUGCAAAACAUUAAAACCGAGCCCAUUCCAUCACCAAGCAAAGCCUCAGAGACAGAUCUUCCAGGAGAGAGCUGCAUGGCACAAGCAAUGGUGUCAGCUGCUGCAGCUGAAGGACAGAGCAAAUCAGCAGAGAGCUGGAUGGACUUGGAGGCUGAUGUGGAUACGGCACCUCUGGUAGAGCUCCGGAUUAUUGAGCCUGAUGUGGACAUCAACCCCAGCAGCUGUGGAAAGUGGCCUUUGCUAGCAUCGUCAAAGCAGGUGUCCUCUUGCUCUCUUGAGCACUUAGCAGAUGGCUGUGGAUUAGCAUCCUCAGAGCAAGGUUCAGGAUGUGGAGAUUUGGGUGAGCUAACAAUAACAGACACACCUUUGGGUGUUUUGAAUAGUCAGGCUUCUCCUCCGGCAGAGGACAGGGUUCAGCAUCCAGCUGCCAACAUGCAGCAGGACCACUCCAGCCAUGCCAUUGCAUGUACCUCUGAACAGGACUCAAUCUGCUUUGGCGCCAAGGAAAGUCUGGGGUUCUUUAACCCAGAAGGAGGUGAGGUGCUAACAAGGAGAUGUCCUGAAAGUCUAGAUGUGCUUGAAACUCUUGUUCACAAUGGCUUUGGAUAUAUGAAAACAACUGAGCAUGUAGGCCCAUUUGGCAGUACAGAGACCUGUAGGAGCUCUGAAGAGAGCACAAGCUCCCUGGAACUUCUUGAACGAGAGGAAGAUGAGGUAUGGCAUGAAGGCUCAACUGCUUUGGAUCUGGUGGAGCCAUGGGAGGACCAGCAGUGGGUGACCAGUCCUCUACACUCACCCAAAGCCAUUUCUAGUUCCUGGCAGCUCCCUGACUUCCCACCAUCUCUCACUGUGGACAAUCUGAUAAAGCCAAAUUCAAAAGGCUCCUCUGAAGAGAAGCAGAGACAAGAAGAGUAUAAUGUCACUAAGCCAGAGAAAACUAGUGACUGCAAGCCUGUUGAUGAAACGUCUCCUAGUGUUUGCAUACAGCCAGACAAGGAACCAUUGAAUGCAAUUGUGAUGGACACACCACAAGACAGUGCUUCUCUGCCACAAGAGUCGGAAAAAGCGGAUGGAAGAGGUGAGGACACCCCCAGACAAGCUGUUGAACAGCCUCCUCCAACAAAAGCCAGUGUUGACACUUCAGAGACCCCUGCCAGAAAUGUACACUCGACACAUAGGCCAUCUUCUCUGAACUUGGACCUGAGGACCACUGCCAGUGAGCCGUUCAUCUUCUUUGGUGUGGCAUCUGCAGCUCCAUCUCAAUCCCCUUCAAUACAGGACAGCGCGGGGAAGGCACAUGCCAAUUCUUGUUCUAUAGAACUGGAAAUGUUACUAAGUGAACGGCCAGUUCCUGUGCGCCGUAACUCUGCUCCUGUCAGCGUGGCAUCUGUCCGCACCACUUUCAUGGUCAAGACUUGCCAGGCAAAAGCGGUCCCGGUGAUACCACCAAAACUCCAAUACACACAGAUACCUCAGCCCUUGCAAACUAAGAACUCUGGUACACGUGUGGAAAAGGAGCCUGAUAAGACUUCAGAAUCCCCAUCAGCUGUACGGGACCCCAAAGAUGAAAAGGAGAACAACGAGCCUACUUCAAAAAUAACUAAACAUGGGGGAGGCAGUGGAACUGCAGAGUCACCGAUACAGAAGGGGGUGCCUGUCGCUGAGGCCAUCGUGCUGCGCAGGAAACGCAGCUCUAAUGGUGUGGCCUUCACUGACCCUUCCUCCUCCUUCUCCUCUAGGCCUGCUGGCAUGCAAAAAUCCUCUUUCCGGGCCAGGCCCAACCGACCGCAGAGCCUAAUUCUGUUCAGUCCCCCAUUCCCCAUCAUGGACCACCCUCCAUCAGAUGCCACUAAACUGCUCUUGUCACCCAUUAAGAGUCCCACUGACACAGCAGCGCUGGGCUGUCUGUCUAAAGAGCUUGCAGAGAACCUAAAGACACCUGAAGGCGUCACUCUGCGAAGUAAAAUGACCUUACCAAAGAGUGGCCAGAGGCUGGAGACCUCAACUAACUGCUUCUACCAGCCUCAGCGACGCUCCAUGAUAUUUGACAGCAGGAACAGCAGGCAAAUAGAGUGAGGCCCUGGAGGCUGAGGUCUUUCACUAACAGACAUGGUCAGCUGUAAGGCUGUGGCCACUCAGCAGUGGAUAAGGUUGUUUUCCAGAUGGUGUUUUUUUCCAGAAGAUUCAGACAUUACUGUUCCCUGUAGUUUGUAGCUCUAUCCCAGAUGUUGUGGUCAUCCUUAGCAGACAUGGACAAUUGCAGAACAAACAGUGCUGUUGUUUGGAGUGGAACAGGAUGUACACAGGUAUUGGAAGAUGCAAUCCUGUCCAAGAGAUUGUGUUCACUCCUCAGGGGUCAUUGUCAAAUCUUAGAAUGUGCAGUCCUGUCCAAGAGUCUGUUGCAACUGGGAAUUUUUGUCUUUUGUAAGCUUGUCAGAGAAAAGGCCUUUGGACUUAUGAAGAAAAGAGUGUGAAGAUUAUUUGAAGGGCAAAAGGGGCGUGAAUGUGGUAAGAAUGAUAAAGAAAUACAAUAGAAGUGACAGAAUGAGACACAAAAGGAGAUGAGAGACUGAGAGUGAACGACUAAGUGAGUGUGCAUUGGUGUUACAAUGCCGGGUAACACUAAUUACGCUAGUGCUGCACAUGAAUGAAUGUUAAUUUGAGUGUGUUUGUGAGUGACUAGUAAGAAAUGAAACUAUUGAUAAUCCUGUGUUUAAAUGAGUGAAUCUUUUAAUGCGUGACUUACCGAGAAAUUAAAUUAAUAAGAAUCCAGUGUUUUUUAAUGAGUGGGAGUGAGAGACAUAUUGAGAAAUUAACCUAGUGAUAAUAACAUGUUUAAAUGAGUAAAUGACUUAUUGAGAACUUAUAUUAAUAAGAAUCCAGUGUGAGUCAGUGAGGAGAUCAAUGAGCUAUUAAGAAAUCAAACUGGUAAGAAUGAUGAAAUAGAUGUGUGAGUGAGUGAAGAAGUGACAUUCUUAGACAACAGAUCAGUGACAUUGCAGAGCUUCAAUGAAUGAAUGAUAUACUGAAGAAUCCAGUGUGUUAAAAAUUGAAAGCAUGACUAAAUGGGUGACAUAUUCAGAAAAGAAACUAGCAAGAAACCAGUGUUUAAUGAAGAAAUGAAUGGGGGAGUGAGAGUUUGGGUGAAUGAUGAAUGACCUAAUGAGAAAUCAAAUGAAUCAGAAUCAAGUGUUUUAAUGAGUGAAUCACUAGGUAUAUUGGAAUGGUAUAUUGCAAUAUCAAACCAGUGACCAGUGACAGCAACCAGUGUGUUUCAUGGAAUGAAUGACAAACUGAGAAGUGAAACCAACAGUAGUUUGUUGUUUUAUUGAGUGAAUGAAUGAGUAAGUGAGUGAAAAGAUAACGCCAUAGACCUCUCUGUGUCCAGGAGAUACAUAAGAGGCCUAGAGGUCUCUGCUGCUUGAUGAGUUUUCUUGGCGGUUCCCACAUUAUCACGUGUCCAUAAAACCAAAGACUCUUGUCUGGUCUUGUGUGUAUUCAAUAUAUGACCAUUCUUGACUGGACAAUAAGACAAAUUGCCAUUCUGGACAAAACAACUUUCCAUUGCAGUGUGCCUGAUCUUUUACUAGCCAGGCACUACAAAAGACAUGAUGAAAAGAUGUAUGUGUAGACAUUAAAUUGCAAGUGAGGUGACCAAAGGCAAAAGGCCACCUUUCUUUAUUAUCUCAGGGGACCCUGGUGGGUUGGUUAUAGGAGGUGUGAAAGAAGACAGUGGCCAUCAGAAUGAACUGGAAAUGUGGAUGAAGAAGGUGAGGAAGAAAAUGGAGAUAAGAGAUUUUGUGUAUCUGUGGCCAGUUAUCAUGAAAUUGCUUUUUAAAGCACUUGGUUGUUAUUGAAUAGAGUUUAUUGAACACUUGUCACUUGGAAGGUGGGUCUGAUAUAUCCUGGGCUUAGAGCCACUGGGAUACAUCAACAAGGUGGUGCUACUGAAACCCUCAGUCCUUGAGAGCACUAGACUGAGGGGCUGGCAGGUGUUAAUGGAAUCCAAAGUUCUAAGGGGCACCAGAAUGUCCCACCAGUUGGUGCUGAUGUGGCCUCAGCUCAGAGAGGAACUCGACUGAGUGGUGCUAAUGAGGUCCUUAUUGUGAGUGGCACUUAACCCAGUCACUUUAUGAGGAUGAAGCUAGGAGUCGGCUUUACAGGAGCUGAAAUGCAAUUACAGUCAUGUGCCGAUUUACAGACGACCACAUUGAAGCCAUUUGUAUGCAUGGCCAAUGGCCAUGAACAACGGAGUAAAAAUGUUCUCAAAAUUCCAGCUGCUACAGGUCGCAAAGGCCAUACACCUUUUGUUUAUCACGUACUUGUGGCCGUCAUAGAAUGAUACUGCCUGCGUGAGAGAAGCGAAGAUGGAGCUGCAGAGGUAGCAGUCUCUCGGCUGUCUUCCUUCAUGUAAUGAUGCUGUGGCCAACAAAUGGCCACAAUCUAAUUAUGAUAAGAAAAAAUAUACAGUAUAUAUAUCAUUGUGCUCACAGAGUGCCAGGAUUCAGGGCACGGAUGGCCUUGUCACACAGCAUUUUUCUGAAGUCCGGCUUCACACAACUGGCACUUUUUUUUUAAUUUCUGUUCAGUGCAGGUGGUUUGCACCAUUUUCUUCUAUCAAGGAGAUAGAAACUUCUUGUAAAUAGUAAUGCAUCUUUUGUUAUUACUAUUAUUAUUUAAUAGGGUCACCUAUGUUUUUUGUCUCUUGGAGGGCUCUUUAAGGUUUAUUUUGAUUGGUGCUGCUGCAUGUGGCUAAUUCUUAUGCACUCGGCCUUCACCGCCUUCCCUUACACCCACCUGUUGUGUGGUCGCUGCCGCUCCAAGAUCAGUUUGUGCUACCCCCAUACCAGCAGCUCAAGUAUGCACCUUGCUGACCCACACCAGACCCCCAGAGCCUCAAUUGUAAUAACCUAUGCAUACGGCCAAAUGGCAGCUCCCUUAUGGAGCCGUAAGUUGGCGCAUGACUGUAUACUCACUACAGGGAUGUUUUACAUUUGUUAAUAUGACCUCACAAUCAUUCAGAUAGAUGGUGACUUGAUCAGCUGACAUAGCCAACAAGAUGACAGUGUCACCACAAUGAGGAAACAAUAAGCCUUUUGUGCAGUGAACUCACAAAACAAGCUGUUAAGCAAUACGGAUAUACUGUUUCAAAAAAUCUCAGAAUAUGUGACCAAAUACUUGUGAAUGAAAGAUGGAUAGGAAUCAUUGGGGGUAGUGCAUAUAGAGAAUGGCCACGUCUGUAGUGACCCUCACAGUGCUGAGCCCUUAAGGCCAUUAUUGAUAAGGCAGCUUAUUGAUAAGGGGAUGGAGCUGGGCAAUGCUGGACAGGGCAGCUGUGCUCAAUGGAUGACUGUUGGGAUGAUUUCUCUUGUAUAAAAGCUUCCCUUUUUUGACUUGGUAACCUUUCCUAUGGCAGAGAGUGGAGUUUAACUCUGUCAAAACUAAAAUAAAUGAUUACUUUUGCAAUAA